GUCUGUUCGUCUUUCCGGUUAGUUCCACCAUCGUGUGAAGCAUUUUAGCACAAUAUUUGCCGUUUUAAUUAUUUGUACAUUAUGCCAAGAAAACGCCAUGACACAGACAAAACUUCAGAUUCUGGUGAAGAAGUAGAAAAAAAGAAAACUAUAAAAUCAAAAAAGAUGUCAAGUAAAUCAAAGAACAAGGAUUCUUCAUCUGAGGAAGACUCUGGUUCCAGUGACUCUGAUGGUAGCAACAGUAGCAGCAGUGAUUCCAGUAGUUCCAGUAGUAGCUCCAGUAGUCCAGAUAGCCCAGACCCACCGGUCAAAGAACGACAAAGGAUUAGAGCCACCAAGAGUGCUGAAAGUGGUGAAAUAUCUGACAGCGAUGAUGAUUCUAAUACAAGAAAAGUUAAAAGUUCAGUUUCUAACACAAGAACAACAAAGAAGCUACAUGAUUCAGAAGACAGUGCGAACGAGCAGGAUUCAGGCCAAGAGGAUAGAAGCAAAAGGUCAGAGGUUAAAAGUAAAAGAGGUGAAAAGUCAGAUAUCAAGGUUGAAAGAGUAGAAGAGGAAGAAGAAAAUUUUGAGAUGGAACCUGAACCCGAAUGGAAAAGAGAAAGGAAUUGGUCUUCUGAUGAAGAAAAACAAAGUCGCCGUCAAACUGGUAGCCGAGAAAAGCAAAGGAUUUCAGAAGUGCAUUUAGUUAAACAAGAAAAAGAUUCUGGUGAGGAAUCAUCAGGGGGAAUGAGAACAGAUAGAUAUGAUUGUUCAGUUUCUCCUGAUGUGUCACGUUAUAGAGAUAGAGAUGCCCCCUAUUCUAGAGAUGGUCGAAGAGAUGCUCGGAAUGAAAGGGAUGACAGGAGAAAUAGACACAGGGACAGAGAUAGUGAAGGGAGGUAUGACCGGGACAGAAGGAGAAAUGAAAGAAAUGGGGGGAGAUACGAUAGAGAGGACAGAGAGGAAAGGCUAGAUCGUGAUGAUCGUUACAGGAGAAAUAAUAGAAGGUAUCAAAGCCAUGGAAAUGACAAAGAAAGAGAGAAGAGAAGUGGUUGGAGAAAUGAUAGAGAUAGGAGAGAAGGAAGGAGAGAAGACGAAAAUAAUGAGAAGAGAAGUGAUAGGAGAAAUGAUAGAGAUAGGAGAGAAGGAAGGAGAGAAGACGAAAAUAAUGAGAAGAGAAAUGGUAGAGAUAGGAGAGAAGGAAGGAGAGAAGGAAGGAGAGAAGAAGAAAAUAACAAACAAGAAAACAUAGAAAAUAUAAACAAAGAUGGUGAAGUUAAAGAUGGCAGUGAUAGUAAAGCUGUUGUACCAGUUACUAAACCCCCGAAAGAUGAUCAGAAUAUAAUGACCAGAACGGGAGGAGCGUAUAUUCCACCAGCUCGACUACGUAUGAUGCAGCAACAAAUCACAGAUAAGAGCAGUGUUCCAUAUCAGAGAAUGGCCUGGGAAGCACUCAAGAAAAGUAUUAAUGGUUUGAUCAACAAGGUCAAUAUUGCAAAUAUUAAUUUUAUUGUACAAGAACUUUUUCAAGAGAAUAUUGUGAGAGGAAGAGGUGUUUUAGCCCGAUCUAUCAUACAAGCUCAGUCUGCAUCUCCAACCUUUACUCAUGUUUAUGCAGCUCUUGUUGCUAUUAUUAAUACAAAGUUUCCACAGAAUGGUGAACUAAUAUUGAAAAGAUUGGUUAUACAGUUCCGUAAAGGUUUUAGAAGAAAUGAUAAGACACUUUGUUUAUCGUCUACUAGGUUUCUAGCACAUCUUGUCAAUCAACAAGUUGCUCAUGAAGUUUUGGCUUUAGAGAUAUUAACACUUCUGUUAUACACACCAACAGAUGAUUCUGUAGAAAUUGCCGUUGGUUUUCUUAAAGAAUGUGGACAGAAAUUACAAGAGUUAUCUCCUCGUGGUGUAACAGCAAUAUUUGAUAGAUUACGUAAUAUUCUACAUGAAGGACAAAUAGACAAGCGUGUUCAGUAUAUGACAGAGGUUAUGUUUGCCGUUCGUAAAGAUAAUUUCAAGGAUUUUCCUGCUGUGUUAGAAUCAUUAGAUCUUAUAGAAGAAGAAGAACAGUUUACUCAUCUGCUGAGUUUAGAACAGGCUGGUGAUCCUGAAGAUAUUCUAAAUGUUUUCAAGGCAGAUGAAAGUUAUUUAGUAAAUGAAGAAAAAUAUAAAACAUUAAAAAGAGGUAUUUUAGAAGAAAGUAGUUCUGAUGAUGGAUCUGCAGAUAAAUCUGGAUCAGAUAGUUCAAGUGACAGUGACUCGGAAAAUGAAGAUGCUGAAGCUAAACAGACAAUUAUAGAUACAACAGAAACCAAUAUGGUGGUGUUACGACGUACUAUAUAUCUGACUAUACAAUCUAGUUUACAUUAUGAGGAAUGUGCUCAUAAACUUCUUAAAAUGGAUCUGAAACCGGGUCAAGAGGUGGAGCUGUGUAAUAUGAUAUUAGAUUGUUGUUCCCAACUCAGGACAUACGAAAAAUUCUUCGGCCUUUUAGCUCAGAGAUUUUGUCAGAUGGAUAAAAAAUAUGUGGAGCCAUUUCAGAUUAUUUUCAAAGAACAGUAUGAAACAAUACAUCGUUUAGAGACAAGCAAAUUACGAAACGUUGCCAAAUUCUUUGCUCACCUGCUUUAUACAGAUGCCAUUAGCUGGGGGGUAUUGUGCUGUAUUAGUAUUAAUGAAGAAGAUACAACUUCAGCCAGUCGUAUUUUUAUCAAAUUACUGUUUCAAGAAUUAUCAGAAUAUAUGGGACUUCCAAAACUAAAUGACAGAUUUAAAGAUUCCACUUUACAGCCAUAUUUUGAAGGAAUUAUGCCACGUGAUAAUCCUAAAAAUACUCGCUUCGCUAUAAAUUUCUUUACAACCAUAGGUUUAGGUGGUUUAACUGAAGAUUUAAGGAAUCAUCUGAAGGAUGUCACUAAACAGAUAAUGGAGAAGAAAGAAGCUGAACAAGAGAAAGAAGACAAUGAAUCUUCAGAUAGUUCAGAUAGUUCUGACUCAUCAUCAUCAUCGUCCAGUUCAAGUGGUGUAGACUCUGAUUCUGAGAGUUCCUCGUCAGAUGAAUCAGAUGCAGAAAGGAAGAAAAAGCUUCGAAAGAAGAAAGAAAAGGAAAGUAAAAAAAAAUCAGAAAAAGAGAGUGUGAAAGAUAAAGAUACUGUAAAAAAUUAUCGAAAACCUGCUUCAACUAGAAAUAACGGGGAUGCCUAUACAGAUCCGUGGGAGAGACAGAGUAAUCGCAAUAAUCAGCAUAGACGCGAACGUGGUAGAGAGAUAGAGCAAGAAUAUGAAAGAGAUCUUGAAAAGGCACACAAAAGUAAAAAUAAGCGAGACAAAAGUCGUAAAGAAAUUGACGAGGAAUAUGGGGAUAAUUAUCAGAGAGUGAGUGAAAAAAGUAGUGAAAGAUACCGAGAAAAAGAACGAGAUGAGGAUAGUGACAGGCACAGAGAUAGUGAAAAAUCACGAAAAUCACAUAAAAAACAUCAAAAUAGUGCAGAGUAUUCAAAUUCAGAUCGAAAAAGACAAAAUAGUGAUAACUCAAAUUCAGAUCGAAAAAGACAAAAUAGUGAUAACCCAAAUUCAGAUCGAAAAAAACAAAGUCGAAAUGAUUAUUCAGAUUUAGAUCGAAACAGACAAGAUAGAGAAAAUUAUUCUAGUUUUGAAAGAAAUAGGCAAGGAAGUGCUGAAUAUUCUAAAAGAAGUCGCGAGGACGAUUAUGGCCGUGAACGCAGUGUUGACAUUGAUCGCUAUGGUGAUGGUAAUUAUAAACGUAUCAAGCGAGAAAUGAACGAAGAUGAAUAUUAUGAAGACAGUCGAAGAAAGAAUUCCCACCAAGAUGAUCGAGAGCGUAGUUAUUAUAAUCACAAUAAAGAAAAUAUAGACUAUUCCCCUCGUAAAAGACGGUACGAUAACUCUUCUGAUGAAGAGGCAGCAAGCGUUUAUAAAAAACGUUCUAAAAAUUUGAGAUAUGAACAGAGUCCACAAAGAUCACGUGAACAUAGGCGACGUUAAAAUGAGGGCUUGAGUGAAAUACAAUCAUUUAUAAACUAUAUUAUUGAAAUUGGUCAUGGGAAGUGGUAAGGGGAGUGUUGGGUGAGAAAUCUUUUAGGUGCCAUUUCUAAGAAAAAAUGUGAUUUUACAGAUUUGAUAAGCAAAAUUUAAACUUAUUUUACAUUGCAAAAAUUAUUUAUAUUACAUAUAUUGUGAUUGGAUUGGAUUGUAAAAUGUCUGUAAUUUUCAUUUGGUGCCUAACAUUUUCUAUACUAUAUUGAAUGUGAAAUUUAAGUCAGUUUAUUUACACCGUUUUUAUUACAUACUUCGUUACACGGUCAGACAUUUAAACAACUGCUACGAAAUAUAUCAUAAAUUCAAUAAAGUAAGUUGCAACAAUCCAGAUGCUUAAUUAAUUUAAAAUAAAAAAAGAAAUAUGUUACAUUUUACUUCAGAUAGUACAUGCAAGAGCAUAUCACGUUAAUUAGCUAGAAACUAAUGAUACAACCACACAGAUAAUGAUACUAGGCACACCUAUAAUAAUCCAACAUCCAGCCAUUUAGAGAUUUAUCUCUUAGCCAUGUACAGCUGUUAUGACAGAUACAUCACUGAUUGUUCAUUUUUACCCCUUUUUACCUCCAUGGGUUGUUGAUUUUCUUGUGUCAGUAAAUAUCCAUUAAGCAUGCCAAAAAUCACAAUUCAGCUGCAUUAUUUCUCCACAGCACUUCUAGUCAAAUCAGUGGAGGGUUUUCAUUGCGUCUCAGUAUAUGAUGAUUUAUCUGCUUUUAGCAAGUGUCAAUCUUUGUAUUGUUAAAAAGAAAGAUUCAUAUACAUGUAAGAUGCAUUAUCACAUUCACCAAGAAAAUAAAUGUAAUCAAUUUUGAAAAUGACCCUCAGAAAUAUAAUCAUGUACUGUAUUACUGAAAAUCUAAGCACUGACCUUCUAAGAGUUUGAUAUUUUGAAUAGGAUUUAUAUGUAUAUUAAAUAUGUGUACCACUUUUAAGAUCUAGGAUUUGGCAAAAGUUGCAUACAAUCUAAUUUGCACACCCACAAUACAGUGUAAUGUAUAGUUAAUUAAUACCAAAAAGAAAGUGCUAAUGUCUCUUUUAAUUUUAGGUCAGAUAAUACAUUUGAUAGAAUUAGUAUAAAGUUUACUAAGAAUGGAAAAAAAUCUGACAAAAUAUUGUUUUCUGGCUCAUGUUAAAAAGGUAUACAUAUUUAUUAUGUAUGUUAAAUCAACAUGGGUAGGACAUGUACAUCACUGAAUUUCCAUAUUUGUGUAAUGAUGUUGAAUAUAAAAUCAUGUAUUUAUAUAUUGAAAAAAAAAAUACCUGUAUAUAAUAAAGUCAAUAAUGUAUAAAAUAUUUUGAUAAAAAAAAAAGAUGCAAAAUUUGAUCUUAAAAAAAAAAUAAUAAAUGAAAUAGAAA